UGAGGUUUCGAAGCUGUGAUGCAAACAAAAAAAUACACUUUGGAAGCAGUGAGCCAGAAGACUUCAGAAUAGGCGAAGAUGGUGUGGUGUACGCAGAAAGAAGCUUUCAACUUUCAGCAGAGCCCACAGAGUUCGUCGUGUCUGCUCAAGACAGGGAAACCCAGGAAGAAUGGCAAAUGAGAGUGAAGCUAACCCCUGAACCAGCCUUCGCAGGGACUUCAGAAAAGGACCAAAAGAAAAUAGAAGACAUCGUAUUUCCAUGGCAACAAUACAAGCAUAGCAGCCCUCUGAAGAGGCAGAAGAGAGACUGGGUUAUUCCUCCAAUCAACCUACCAGAAAAUUCCAGAGGACCUUUUCCUCAGGAAUUAGUUAGGAUUAGGUCCGAUCGUGAUAAAAGCCUCUCCCUGCGGUACAGUGUCACUGGCCCAGGAGCUGACCAGCCUCCAACAGGCAUCUUCAUCAUCAACCCCAUCUCAGGACAACUGUCUGUGACAAAGCCUUUAGACCGGGAGCAGAUUGCUUCUUUUCAUCUGAGAGCACACGCAGUGGAUGUAAAUGGAAACCAGGUGGAAAAUCCUAUUGACAUUGUUAUUAAUGUCAUUGAUAUGAAUGACAAUAGGCCUGAAUUCUUACACCAAGUUUGGAAUGGGACAGUUCCUGAAGGAUCGAAGCCAGGAACCUACGUGAUGACUGUUACUGCUAUCGAUGCUGAUGAUCCCAAUGCACAGAAUGGGAUGCUGAGAUAUAGAAUCUUGUCACAGGCCCCGAGCAGCCCUUCUCCAAACAUGUUUACAAUCAAUAACGAGACUGGUGACAUUAUCACUGUAGCAGCUGGCCUUGACAGAGAGAAAGUACAACAAUAUACAUUAAUAAUUCAAGCUACGGACAUGGAAGGAAACCCAACAUACGGUCUUUCAAACACAGCAACUGCUGUCAUCACUGUGACAGAUGUCAAUGACAAUCCUCCAGAGUUCACUGCCAUGACCUUCUACGGGGAAGUACCAGAAAACAGGGUAGAUGUGAUCGUAGCGAAUCUGACAGUAACAGAUAAAGAUCAGCCGCACACACCUGCGUGGAACGCGAUGUACCGAAUGACUGGAGGAGACCCGACAGGUCGAUUUACCAUCCUGACCGAUCCCAAUAGCAACGAUGGGCUGGUGACUGUUGUGAAGCCUAUUGACUUCGAGACCAACAGGAUGUUCGUACUUACUGUAGCUGCAGAAAAUCAAGUGCCUUUGGCUAAGGGGAUUCAGCAUCCUCCUCAGUCAACAGCAACCGUGUCCAUUACAGUCAUUGAUGUGAAUGAGAGCCCAUAUUUUGUUCCAAACCCUAAGCUUGUACGUCAAGAAGAAGGGCUACUUGCUGGUAGCAUGUUGACAACUUUCACUGCUCAGGACCCAGAUCGUUACAUGCAGCAAACCUCUCUAAGGUACUCAAAACUUUCAGAUCCUGCAAACUGGCUGAAAAUUGACCCUGUUAAUGGACAAAUAACUACUACAGCUGUUUUGGACAGAGAGUCAAUAUAUGUGCAAAACAAUAUGUAUAAUGCAACAUUUCUUGCUUCUGAUAAUGGAAUCCCCCCAAUGAGCGGAACUGGCACGCUUCAGAUACACCUGCUGGACAUCAAUGAUAACGCCCCUCAAGUGAAUCCAAAAGAAGCCACGACUUGUGAAACACUGCAGCCUAACGCUAUUAACAUCACUGCUGUAGACCCUGACAUAGAUCCAAAUGCAGGCCCGUUUGCCUUUGAACUGCCUGACGCACCUGCUAGUAUUAAGAGGAAUUGGACUAUUGUUCGAAUUAGUGGUGAUCACGCCCAGCUUUCUUUAAGGAUCAGGUUCCUGGAGGCUGGUAUCUACGAUGUGCCUAUAGUAAUUACGGAUUCUGGAAAUCCACAUGCAUCUAGCACUUCUGUGCUGAAAGUGAAAGUCUGCCAAUGUGACAUAAACGGAGACUGCACUGAUGUUGACCGGAUCGUUGGCGCAGGGCUGGGCACUGGUGCCAUCAUUGCAAUUCUGCUUUGUAUCAUCAUCUUGCUUAUUUUAGUUUUGAUGUUCGUGGUAUGGAUGAAACGCCGUGAUAAAGAGCGUCAGGCAAAGCAGCUCUUGAUUGAUCCGGAAGAUGAUGUGAGGGACAACAUUCUGAAAUACGAUGAAGAAGGUGGUGGAGAAGAAGAUCAG